CAGAAAAAGUCACUCCAGUCAUUUUUUGCAUUGGAAGAUAUGAGCGAUCGGGUUCCACUGUUCGGGUACCAUCGGACCGAGCUGGACCCGCUGCUCAUGCGCGACUCGCUGGCAAUGGAAGACCAAGCCACCAACGCCACCGAGCGCAACACCAACAACAACAACAACAACAACAACGCACUGUCGCAGUCGCAAAUGUACAUUGGAACCCAGGGCCUGCUCCACGGCGCUGCUGGAGGUCGAGGUGGACACGGUGGACAUGGCGGUGGUGGUGGUGGGCGAGCGCGCGCGUCAUCCCCGCACACUGACCAUCCGCGCCCAGCCAGAUCCGUGUCUGUGCCCGAUGGGACGGACAUGAUCGCCCCUGCGUCGCCAGGCGGGGUGAUCCGGCCAAGAAGGAGCCUGCUGCCGGGCGUGCGGAUGACCGAUGAAGAGUAUCUCCGUCCGACCUCGCCGACGAGUAUGGACACGAACAACCAGAGCGGCGACGGCGCGACAGGCAGCAGCUAUAACAAUAACAAUAAUAAUAACAGUGGCAGUGAGGCAUCGACGUCGUAUUCUGCCGAUGUUGCUGCUGCUACUGCUGCUGCUGCAUCCACCUCAAUCACAUUCAAGCCGACGUUCGCGCAGUCCACGGAAAUUGGCGCCAACGCAAGCGAGACCUCGUCAGGCGAUCACGACUUUCUGAGUGGCGCCCCAUCACGGAGCUGGAAGUCAACAGUGCGAGCCAUGUGGGGAACAGCCAAAUCUCGCGCCCCUUACUACAUUCCCAGUAUUCGAUGGCUGCCAAGAUACACCCUCGACCACUUCCGCAGCGACAUUAUUGCCGGGCUGACGAUUGCCGUCAUGAUUGUUCCGCAGGGACUGUCGUACUCGGCGCUUGCCGAUCUUCCAACCACUCACGGGCUGUAUUGCGCCUUUGUUCCUGUUCUCGUUUAUACCUUUCUUGGGCUGUCCCGACAAAUCUCGGUCGGACCAGAAGCCGUCAUUGCAAUCCUCACGGGAUCGGCGCUGGAAAACAUGGGUGACGACGAUACCCGCGUCAUGUAUGCGGCAGUACUGUGCCUGCUUGUCGGCUUGUUCACUUUCACGCUGGGACUCUUCCGGCUGGGCUUUUUGGACUCGAUGCUGUCGCGGCCUCUGGUUGAGGGCUUUGUCCUGGCUACGGCCGUGGUCAUUAUGGUUGAGCAGCUGCACGGGCUGCUGGGCUUGCACGUGCAUCUCGACCAAGAAGCCUCGACCUUUUCAAAACUACAGUCCAUUGCUGAGAAUAUUGACGAGACCCACGGCCUGACGUGCGCGUUCGGCUUUGUCGCGCUGGCCUUCUUGCUCGCCUUGCACUUUGCCCGCAAGCGCUGGCCCGACCUGCAGUGGCUACGCUUCUUCCCCGGCAUUCUGCUUGUGGUCAUCUUUGGCACCAUCAUUAGCUGGCAAACGAACGCCGAGGAGAAUGGCGUCCACAUCAUGGGCCACGUCAACGGCACCUUCUACACACCUCGCGCACCAAAGCUGACGUCCAGCACGCUGACCGACAUGGCGGGGCCGGCCGCGCUCAUCUCAGUCGUGGGCUUUGUCGAAGCCUCCGCCAUUGCAAAGACGUACUCGGCCAAGUACGGCUACCAGGUGUCGCCAAACCGCGAGCUUGUCGCGUUGGGCGCUGCCAACCUGAUUGGAAGCUUUUUUGGAGCCUUCCCGACGUUUGCGUCGCUGCCUCGAUCGGCCAUUAACGACAUGGCUGGCGCCAAGACGCAAAUGACGGGCGUGAUUGUGGCGGGCGUGGUCGUGUUGACGAUCGGCACCAUGCUUCCGCUGUUUGUGCACCUGCCGCGAGCGUGCAUGUCGGCCAUUGUCUUUAGCGCCGCCGUGGCGUUGCUCCACUUUGAUCAGGUCAGGUUUAUCAUCCGCAUGCGUGCGUAUCGGGACGCGCUCCUGCUCCUCGUCACGUUCGCCGUGACCCUGUCGAUUGGUGUCGAAACGGGCCUUGUUGUUGGCAUUGCCGUGUCGAUUGUGCUCGUCAUUCGGCACACCACCUUGCCGCGUAUGACGAUUCUUGGCGGCGUCUCUGGCACGGACAAGUUCAAGCCCGUCGAUUCGUUCAGCCACGUCAAUAGCGAAAACUUGCUCGUGAUCAAGAUUGACGAGGCGCUGUAUUUUGCCAACACUGGCCAGCUGAAGGACGCGUUGCGAAGAAUUGAAAUGCUGGGCAAUCUGGAAGUCCAUCCUUCGCAGGAACCGUCUGUGCCUCCGGUUUUUGCAGUCAUUUUUGAUUUGAGGGACAUGCCGAGUAUUGAUGCCAGCGGUGUGCAAAUUCUCAUGGAAAUUGUCGUCGAAUACCGCUCGCGAGGCGUCGAUGUCGCUUUCGUCAAGGUUCGCGAUUCCAGCAAGCAGUACUUUCACCGCUCCGGGUUUUUGGAACUUGUCGGUGAAGAUCACAUAUUUAACAAGGCGACCGAGGCGCGUCGCUUUUUGCUCCAGCGCUGAAGUGAGGAGGUUGGAGAAAGUGUCGAGAGCCAAAAAAAAACGUGUUGCACAGGUGUAGAUGUAGAUCUAUCAACGGACGAGAAUAUUUGAACGACGGUUUUUUGUUUAAAAGGUGAAAUUGUGUACUGUAUUCAAAAAGAAUGAUUCGAAACUCAAUGGUCUA